UGUGGGACGGUGUUUGAUGCUGCAUAGGAUGAUUACGGAUACGAGUGGCAUGUCGGCGAUGAUGUUCGGUGAGGAGCCGGGUAAGGGAGUCGAUCUGGGCGAUGCUGUGAGGAAUGCGGCAAAAAAUGUGGACGAGGUGAUAUCGGCUAGUGGCAACGACCCGGUCCACGCGCCAGCAGCAUAGAUGCGAUGCCCAUUCGGUUGUGCACGGGUAUGCUUCGGAGUGGAUGACGUUCGAUUACUUUAGUAUACAGUGUCGCCGAAAUGAGAACCCGUGUUUUGCGUGUCUAUCCGUGGUUUAGUUCCCGAUAGCGUUUACAUGUCGUAGUUGCAUCAUAGAUGGUAACGGUCUGAACUCCCGUGUUAACU